AUACUCCUAAUGUGCUACUUAGCUGGGGGUAACCCAGGGCUAUGGCCAGGGGCUCGCAUGCAACUUCGAGGCUAUCAACCCACAGCUUUCAAAAGCAUUGGCAUUCAAGUAGCGAGCCUUCCGUCUUUCAGACCGUGUCCUCGCCUUCAUGGGGCACAAGGAGGAGCAGAGCGGGCAGGAGCUGGUGGAGCAGGAGAGAGCGACUCUGUCGCACGAAGGUGGCCGGCCACUGCCGUUCAGCCUGGAGCUGUUCAGGAACUUUGACCAAUCUUCAGUCGUAGUGGAGCCCGUCGAGCCGCUUGACAGCCAAUUCGGCCGCUACGGGGGGCGCUGCUUCCUGCUGCACAACGUGCUCACAGCCGAGGAGUGUGCCCUUCUGAGCCAGGAGAUGAGCGGCCAGAUGAGCCCGGUGAAGGUUCGGAACGACUACCGCCGCAACGACCGCGCCAUCUUCGACUCGCCCGAGCUGGCCGAGGUGAUGUGGGAGCGCGUGAGGCCAGUUGCCUCGGGCCUUGAGCUGCUCGUCGAUAAGCAGCCAGGCAAGCAGCGCCUGCUGUCGGCGGAGGCUGGGGAGGAUGACUGCCCGGAUGAGCUGCGGCUCGGCUAUGGCAAGGAGGGCAUCUGGCGACCUGUCGGCCUCAACGAGUCACUCCGCUUCUGCCGCUACACCGCCGGCGGCUUCUUCCGCCCGCACUGCGAUGGCUGCUUCCGUCGCAAUCAGGACGAGCAGUCGCUCUUCACUUGCAUGUUCUACUUGGAUGGCGACCUGGAAGGUGGCGAGACGCGCUUCCUGCGCAUCGACGCCCGCCUGACUGACCAGAACUACCUGAAGCCUGCAGCUGAGGACCAGGUAGUUGCCUCCAUCCCACCAGAGCGAGGGCUCUGCAUCCUCUUCUUUCAGCCCGGGCUGCUGCACGAGGGCCUGGACCUGCAGAGCGGCACGAAGCACAUCCUCCGCACCGACGUCAUGUUCCGCCGCGACCCCGACAGCAAGCCGCCGCAGACCGCCGCGCAGCGGGAGGCCCUGGAGCUGGUGGAGAGGGCACAGGAGGCCGAGGCGAAUCACCAGUGCGACCUCGCGGCCGGUCUCUACCGCCGGGCCUUCAAACUGGACCCCCAGCUGGAGCGCCUCUUCUGAGGUGGCUGACACCUCGGCUCCAUGUACAGGAACGAGCCGAAAACGAAUGGUCCAAUUGGGAGAUCGACUUCAUCUAAUCUGCUAGCAAAAAGUCCUGACUUGUACAGUACUGAGAAAUGAGCCG